AUGGCGAGCGUGUCGUUCCUCCUCCUCAUCUCGCGCCAGGGCAAGGUCCGCCUCGCCAAAUGGUACACCACCAUGAGCCCUCGCAACAAGUCCAAGAUCGUCAAGGACGUCACCCAGCUCGUCCUCGCACGGCGGACCCGCAUGUGCAACUUCCUCGAGUACAAAGACUCCAAGAUUGUGUACCGCCGAUACGCGAGCCUGUUCUUCGUGUGCGGCAUCGGCGCCCAGGACAACGAGCUCAUCACGCUCGAGGUCAUUCACCGCUACGUCGAGGUCCUCGACCGGUACUUUGGCAACGUCUGCGAGCUCGACCUCAUCUUCAACUACCAGAAGGCCUACGCCAUCCUCGACGAGCUCAUCAUCGCCGGCGAGAUGCAGGAGAGCAGCAAAAAGAGCGUCUUGCGAGCGGUUGGGCAGGCGGACGCGAUCGAGGAGCAGGAGCAGAGCGAGGACUCGACGUCCUUGUCGCGCCUCGGGCGGCCCUGA